GGGAGGCGGCAAAGGUAUUGUCUGUAUUUCCAGACAUUCGUUGCUGUUAUUUAUGGACUCCGGGUUUUCAAGGGGUAAUUAUCAGACACCACAAAUUAUUCCGAUCGUUCUCACCGGGCUCCCAAAUUUUCUAUCACAUUGGACUUGAAUUAAAUGGAAAAAUUAAAAAUUCGGGAAAUUGGAGUGGUCAAGUAAGUGCCAGCAAACCCAAAGGGGAAUACAGUUACGAGUCUAUAUAUCUCACCCAAGUAUCGUUGACGUACCACUCAUCCAUGACGAGCAAUGAUGAUGAUGUACUGGCGGCUGUUACCUCUUCACGUAUCAGUGCUUCUCGCCAUCCUCACGCCAAUAAACACAACGGGAAUACCUGAGAUUGCCUCGUACGCACAGGUAUCUAGAAGUGGUGUGAAAAAUUCAAAUUCACCGAUAACCAGCAGUGGUAGAGUUCAAAGUGAAGGGCGAAGUUAUCAAAUAUCUCCGGUUUACGUGCCCUCGAAGAGCCAGAAACUUCGAAAUGGUGAAGCACAAGAUUUCACACCGAGUCAACAGUACUCAACGCUUGAUAAAGAUGUGCUGACUAAUUUGGACUCGAGGAAGAUGGAGAAACAAGCGCAGGACAGGUUUCAUCCACCAGCGCCCUUUGAACACAGUGUGGCGCACUCAAAUAAAGUGAAGUAUCAGGAAGCCGAUGGUCCACCGGACUCUCCCGAUUUUUCGGACCCUCCAGAAGCUGCGCCGGGAGCGUCAUCAGGGGGUUAUGCCACUUUGCCGAAGGACGCCUUUUCGGACAGCUUUGACUACCCGCCAUCAUCGAAACCGAAGGACUCAUUGCCAUCAAUCACGAUCGAUGACUAUUCACCGGGUGAUUAUCAUUCAAAGCCAUCGGACUCAUACCAGCCAUCGCCAGUCUCGUAUUCAGCUCAACAGGUGCCCAGUUACCUAGAAAGAUAUCCAGAUAAGCCCGAUUACCCCGGACCUGAAUCAUCCUUCGAUGACGCAUCUUACUCGCACGAUCAUGAUCAUUACCCCCAUGACAUCAUCUAUGAUCACCCACCGGAUCAUUAUCACCACGAUUUCACCACAACAACCACUGAGGAACCAGAAAUGAACGAUCAGAGAUUGAAUAAACGUCCUUAUUCGUAUUACUACAUUGGAAAGAAACUGUGGUAUUUGCCCCUUUAUUUCAGUAUUUAUUUUAUUAUUUAUAUUGCCGCUCUGGUACUCAAGAGCAUCGCGAGACAUAAAAUCAAUUUUCCUCAACAACUGGCCGAAGCUGCUGGGGCUCAUGGAAGGCACAUGGGCACAGACGGCCCCGGAUGGUGGGAGUUGACGCAGAGGGUGCUCGAUGGAAUCGAAUCGUUUGCUAGUGAAGGUCUCCAUAAGAAUGAAAAAACUAUUGAACGAUGAGACUGGCCCAGAGCACUUGAUGUACUUGAUUAAUAAUUAUUGUAAUAA